UGUAAAUUGCAAACGGUAAAUGCUAAACUACCUUAGAUACCUAACCUACCAACUAUAAAUUAUAAACUAUGAACUGUAACUAAGGAAACUCAUGGACGACGACGACAAUACGAAUACGGCGUCUGAAGGUCGCAAACGCCCGAGAUCACGAAGCGAUGACGUACCCUCCUCAGCUUGUGAUCAAUGUCGAUAUCGUAAGAUCAAAUGCGAUAGGCUUCAACCAGAGUGUUCUAGCUGCCGUAAAACCGGCAUCGCCUGUACCUCGUCUGGCACCGUUAAGCGGGUGAAUCAAACCAAGCAGCUCCGAGACGAUUUCACCACCGUCCUAGAACGUCUCGACGGAGUCGAUCAGACUUUAAGCGCCCUCACUAAAAUCACCGAACAACUCGCUGCUCGAGCAUUCACUUCCAACUCGAAUCCCCCUCCUCCUACUUCAUCUUUACCUCAACCAACACAGACCUCGGGUAAUGAUGAAGGUAGUGCCAUUUUACCAAGCGUCCAGAGGGAUCGACCUGGACGAGUGGCCGAGGAUAGAUGUCGACAUGAAACUAUACGGUUAGGUCAAGGGGGUGAACGGACUUAUAGCUAUCCUGCGGCUAUUCCUUUACUUGUAUCAUUAUCCAAGCAGCUAGCCCAAUUUCUCGUCGAGCGCGGGGGUCAACAAGACGGCGAUGUAGACGCGAUCGUUAAGGACCCAGCGUUGCGAAUUGCUCUUCGACGACAGCUCCAAAACUUUCCCUUACCACAAUGCCAGCAACCCGUCAUAGCGAGCGACCAUAAGCCUAUCACAGCUCCACCGCGAUUUUUACUUGACUUAUUUGUUAAUAACUUCUUAGGCAAUAUCAACAUCCGCUUUCCAAUAUUCGAAGAGACACUGCUUUAUCGUGCUAUUGAUACGUAUUAUUCGGCCGAGUCGUCGAGCGAUAGUAGCGCUUGGACAUCCAUAUUCAACAAUAUCGUUUUGCUUGGUCUGGGUCUCGAAGUGCAGGUAGCGGAAGCUACCCAGUCUAAUACAAGGAAUAUGAACAAUGAUCUACUUCCUUCUUUCUUACAGAACUGCGACCGUGCUCUGGCUGAUCUCGACCCUUUCACAUGCCCCUCCAUAAUUAACGUUCAGGUGCUCAUAAUGCUGGCCCUCGUAUCUAAGCAAUUCUAUGGUAAUAUAAUGUUUGAACGUAUGUGUCAGACGGCCUGCCAGGUCGGCCUUACUCUUGGGCUCCACCGAUCCAGAACCAGUGAGGACGACGCCGGCCACAGACAAACAGAGUCGGAACGACUAUUCAGAGUUCUCUAUGCUCUAGACAAACAGCGUGCUUUCAUGUCUGGCCAAACUUGCGAUAUUCAUCUAUUCGAUUCGGACUUGACUUUAAGCUCCACCAACGAUAAUGAGCCGCCAAGUCGCCGACUCAACAACGGUUUCGACCAUAUGAUGGAAAUUUGGGAAGAAGUAUACCUCUCCCUUUAUUCUUCGAGGGCGAAUACUGCCGAAGAGGUAUAUCGUGUUCGACAGGCGCGUCGCAUGACUCAGCUUGUAGAUGAAUGGCACCAGCAAAACCACGAAUUAAUAGCUGCCACAUUCCCGGGAGAUACAGCAGGACUAACCAGCAUACAACUUGAACUAAAGUAUUGUUAUCAUGUAACUCAGGUUCUUUGCCUUCGUCGUGAUCGCCAGGACGAGCUUGCUCAGCGGCAAAUGCGCGAUCAUGCUCGCAUCUGCCUCAGACUUGUUUCCGAGGCCGGUUCCUCGUCACCCACUACGACAAGUUUAGCUCUACUGGACCGAAUGCUCGGCAACUAUCCCGUAGUAGCAUUCAUAGAGAUAGUCGCAUUUUACUUCAACACCUUAGCCAAAGGUCAAGUCCCCGCACUAGAACUCGAGGCUGAUUUAGAAAUCCUAUGGGCAGUUUGUCGGUAUCUCCAGGUUUUGCACAAUCCUAGUUUUCAGGCGACGUAUUACCCUCGUCUACGAGACGGUUUAGCAUGGGCUCUAGAAAAUAUCGAAAUUAUGAAAGCUAAGCCAGGAGGUCAAUCACAGGGACCUCUAGACUAUAUCGAUAUCAGUCCCCUCGGUCUACGCUGCCCAAAGUCCUUUUUUAUCCCAACCUCCACCUCAAGUCCGGGAGGAGAUCCAAUUUCAACUAGUUCCCCAACCAACAGAACGGGAGAGAACUUAAAUACACCCCUAAUGCAGCUUCCCGAAGAUGGUGGGAUGGUUCUGGGGGAGUCCGCAAUAGAUAUCAUAAACUUCGACUUUUGUACAACUGCACCUCCGCCAACCUUUUUAGAUGGAUCUGGUCUACAGUCUUAUCCCACACCUAGUCACUCGGAAUAUAAUAUAACAUCAGAUCUAUUUCAAUUAUUUACGACUGAAAAAUGAGUUGGGAGCUCCUUUUCUACACCAGUGUUGCUUAUGCAUUUCGACUGGUUUGCCCGGCUCGACUGUACGUAUAAUGCCUAUCGAAUCACAUACUAGGCUAAUUAUCUUAUUUUUUAUUUUUAAAUUUGCAUUCGCAAAUGUUAAGCGAGUUGGAAGCCAGCAUCCUCUUCUGGUCUACUUGACAUAGUAUUCAACAGCUAUGAGUUAUAUGUGCGCUGUUAAAUAAUAUAUGUCGAAUUAUACACCCGAGAUAGUUAUUUUAUUUUCGCUCCGUUGAGAUCGUCCUGUGCGAAUAGCCAUUAUUCCCGUAGGCAAGUAGUUUAUUAACAUCAGACCUUACGGAGGGAGCCAUGUAUACCGGGUCUCUUUAAUAACUGAGGCUAUUUUUACAAUGGAAGUAAAUCAUGGCAUUUCCCCUUUCAUUUUGGAUUAAACUAUCAACUGAUAAUACUUGAUGCGAUCUAAAGUUCUAACGAUGAAGAUAUAACUGCGUGAAUUUCAGCAUAUACCUACCUCUCCGUUAAAGUCUUAUAAAUACACUAAAAGUUUUAUAAAUACACUGAAAUUCGGG